CCUGGCCGCCGUGCCAGCUCCGAACGUGAAUUGGGACCAUCUGCUUUUCCAAAUGGACCGUCCUUGCUCCUCCCGCUGAGCCUGGCACUGGGGAGGCGGAGAGCGAGGGGCAGCCGGGGGCCCGGAGCAGGGCCAUGAAGGUGAAGAAGGGCGGCGGCGGAGCCGGGGCCGCGGCUGGGUCGGACCCCGGGCCGGGGGCCACGGGCCCCAAGGACGACGACGAGCCGGAAUCGGAGCUGGAGCCCCUGGCGCUGCGGAGGAAGGCGCUGAUCGGGCCCGAGGAUGUGUUGGGGCUACAGCGCAUCACGUGCGAUUACCUCUGCUCUCCGGAGGAGAAUGUCUACAAGAUUGAUUUCACCAGGUUCAAGAUUCGGGACAUGGAGUCAGGCACUGUCCUUUUUGAGAUCAGCAAGCCCCCUGCGUCAGAGAGGGACCCUAGCGACAAGCGGGAUGUGGACCCCAAUGCCGGCCGUUUUGUCCGCUACCAGUUCACCCCGGCCUUCCUCCGCCUGCGGCAGGUCGGAGCCACUGUGGAGUUCACGGUGGGAGACAAGCCCAUCAACAGCUUCCGGAUGAUCGAGAGGCACUACUUCCGGAACCGCCUUCUCAAGAGCUUCGACUUUGAAUUUGGUUUCUGCAUCCCCAGAAGCAAGAACACCUGCGAACACAUCUAUGAAUUCCCCCCACUGUCAGAGGAGCUAAUCAGCGAGAUGAUCCGCCACCCCUACGAGACGCAGUCGGACAGUUUUUACUUUGUAGACAACAAGCUGGUGAUGCACAACAAGGCAGACUAUUCGUACAGCGGGGGGCCGUGACCCCCCUAAAGCGAGGCUCUCCCUCCUCCCCAGCUCCUGGCCCCUCUCUCCGUGGAGCAGACGGUGUCCCUGGCUCCCUUGUCCUAUGUCCCUCUUGCCGAGAGUCACGGGGGUCCCCACGGUCCCUGAGGGAGAGAAGUGGGGUCCCCUUCCCUGUCAGUGGCCUCUCUCCCCUGCUGGCCCAAUGGCCGGCCUCUCCUCAGAAGCUAGCCUUCUUCGCUUGGGGACGGCACGUCCUCCUCUUCCAGGAAGGCUGUUGGCGAGGCUCUCGGACAUGGAGGCGAUCCCAGGCGGUAGCUGGAGGGGGGAGAGGGAUAACUUCCAUUCCAAGCGGGCAGGGGGAGAGGGGAGACAGUAGCGGCCAGCCCCCCUCCACUAGUGACUUCUCGGCCCACCUUUCUCGUUCUUCCCCCCGAUGUCUUCCCAGGGAAGGGUCUAGACCCCGUUUGUGCUCCGUCUCUGAAGUCUCGUCUAGUUGCUUUGGGGGGCAGCGGCGCCCGUCCUGACCCCUCCAUCUCCAGGGGCUCCACCUCUAUCCUUGGCAUUCCGCACCCAAUCCGGGCGUCGUCCUCCUCUCCCUGGCACCUGGGCACCGCGGGGUGGGCAGGGGGCACUCAGGGCCCCAGUUUUGAGAGGUACCCAAGAAGGGAACCGAGUCGGGCUUUGGUGGGAGGAGGAAGACCUCGCUGAUGAAGGCGAAGAGCCUCAAGACUCGCGUCUCAGGCAUUUCUUCCGGGAUGGGCCUGGCUGGUGGGUCUGGGCAGGGGUGGGCGGAGGCCCUGCGUCUCUGGGGACGGUAUCAGGGUGGGCACCUGAUCAUCCGCUGCCGUAGCUUCCUGGCCUUUGGAGAUGUUCCCUCUCUACAACAGGAAGGAUCCCCCCUUCUUCCUGCCUUCCAGCCGGGUCACAGGAUCACUGAUCCCGGGCCGGAAGGAACCUCAGAAGCCACUGAAUCCAAUGCUUUCAUUUUACAGAUGAAGAAACUGAGCCACUUUCUGGACCAGCUCUUCAGGGAGGGCCAUCCCUGAAGGAGGGAUAGAGGGCAAAACUAGGGGGGCGGGUUGUGUGUAGCACAGCGGGGCUGCUCAUCGCUUUCUGCAGGCCGCAGAGGAGUGAUGAGGGUGAGGCAGGGUCUGUGCGUGCGUGAUGGAAGGUGUAGACGCUCUCAGUCCCGAACUGGACGAUCCUGCAUUCGUUUCUGCUUCCCCUGGCCCUCCUCUUCCUACUCUGACUUGUGUUGUGAGGGUCUAGGUAUAGAGAGAUGGAAAAGUGGAAGGACCCUUAGAGACUGUCUAGGCAAAACCCAUUCAUUUUACAUCUAGGGAAACUGAGGCCGGGAGAGAGGAAGUGACUCAGCCCAAGACUAGAAGAUAGCCCGUUGCAGCUGUCGCCUGCUCAGCUUCUUCCUUUAUGCUUCCUGCUUUGAGAGUCUCCCUGCAUUGCUCGUGAGACUCUCUUCCUCUCCCCGUCUUUCUAUUCAUCACAUCAUGGUGGGGCUGGUUGGAGAUUACCCUUGUGAGCCCCUUUGCCUCCUCUAGGAUUCUCCCCUUACAGGACUGGCUCUGGGCACGACUGAGGAGGGUUGAUUUGUCUUGUCUUUGCCUUCUUCCAAACUCCCUUCCCAGCCUCUCUUCUGGCCUCCCUGCCCAUGAAUUACUUAGCACUUACUAAGUGCAAAGUGCUGGAGGUACGCGUACAAGUAGACUGGACAACGUCUACCGUCAUGGAACUUAUCAUUUAAUGGGGGAAAACGACUCACCCCAGGCUUAGUCAGGAGGACUCAUCUUCCCAAGUUUAAAUCUGGCUUCAGACACAGCUUAGCUGUGUGACCCUGGACAAGUCACUUAACUCUGUUUGCCUCAGUUUCCUCAUCUGUAAAAUGAGUCGGAGAAGGAAAUGGCAAAACACUCCAGCAUCUUCGACAAGAAGUCCCCAAAUUGGGACACAAAGCAUUGGAAGUAAGGGAACUGCACAGAACACAACCCACAGAGGAGGCUAGAGAGGAGUGCUUCAGGUAGGGUUUAGUCGCAGCAAAUGGUGUUUGGAGUCCUGGGGGGCAUCCGUGGGAUGCAUCAUUCCAGAAAAACAUCCCUUGAAGGAGUGGUGAGGCACCUUCCUCCUCUGGAGUGGUCUGUUUGGCUUUUUUUGUUUUGGUUUUGUAGAAGACUCUCAUAGACCCAAAGGUGGGGGACCCUGAUUGGAGGUGGGGAAGAAGAGAAGGUCAGACACUGACCUGGGUAGGGAAAUAUUCUGGGGAAUGAGAGCAUUUCUCCAUCUUUUCCACCCUUUAAAAAAAAACCAAACAAACCCAUACUUUCUGUCUUAGAAUUGAUCCUGAGUAUCUAUUCCAAGCCAGAAGAGUGGUAAGGGCUAAGAAAUUGGAGUUAAGUGACUUGCCCAGGGUCACCCAGCUUGGAAGUAUCUGAGGCCCCCUUUGAACCCAAGACCUAUUUCUGGGUCUGACUCUCAACCCACUGAGCCACCUAGCUGCCUCCUAUUUUUUUUUUACCCCUUAACUUCUGUCUUAGAAGUAAUACCAUGUAUUAGUUCCAAGGCUGAAAAGCAGUCAGGGCUAGGCAGUGGGGGUUAAGUGACUUGCCCAGGGUCACACAGCUAGGAAGUAUCUGAGGCCAGAUUUGAAUUCCAGGCCUGGCUCUCUAUCCAUUGAACCACCUAGCUGCCCCUUUUCUACCUAUGGUGCCACUAAGGUGGGCCCCUGUUAGCAGGAUGGGCAGUCCUUGGCCCAAACAACCAGAAAACUGAGGAAGAACUUUGAGUUGAUGUUAUUUAUCUCUACUGAGAACAGCAAUGGCAGGGAAGAAGUUGGGCUGAAACUACAGCUCAGAUUGAGGCUAGAGGUGGCAGGAGGAUGGGAGCCUAAGGACGAAUGGGGCUUAUGUCUUCAGGACAAUUCUUUGGCCCAGGUGGUAAGUGUCUGGACUGGCCUGAUACCAAGGAUGACUUUCCAAGCUCGUAGGAGAGAAUCAGACAAUAAUGAAUUUAUUUGCAGAGCAGAGGUCCCUGGGGAAAGAGUGUGUGUGUGAGUGUGUGUGUGUGUGUGUGUGUGUGUGUGUGUGUGUGUGUGUGUGGAGUCAAAGAUUUCGUGUUCAAACCCAACCUCUAUGAUGACCUGUGUGACCUCCCUAGGCCUCAGUUUCCCCAUCUGUAAAACGAGGUUGGACUUGAUGGCUCCUGCAGCCCCUUCCAGCUCUGGACCUAUUAUCCUUUUGGGCACAAAAACCAAGCCUUAGUUUCCCUCAUCCCUGUAUGAGUGGUGGGUGGGUGGUAAGAUGUGGCCGAGUGGCUGAGCCUGUGCGUGUCUUUGGUGGGGCAUCCCAGUGGAAAUUACUCUGCCAGAGGGUUCAGGGUGUAGGUUGGAGUCGGAAGUAUGGGCCUGAGCUGAGCUCAAGGGGCGGGAAAUUGGGAAGAAGAGCCUAGGAGAAGCAAGGAUGCUGUUCCCUUUCCUUGGUGCAGGAGGCAUGAAGGGGGCUUGUGUGUGGCUUUAUAUUUCAGUUCGACAUUUAUUAGUAGCCUCUAUGGGCGAAGGGAUCUCUCUGGCCCCUUCCCUCAAGGAACUUCCUCUCUGCUGGAGAGGUAGAACAAACCCACCGAAAAGGCAAUCCCAAGUUCACUGUUCCAAGGGGGGUGGAUGGCUAUGGUUGUAGAGAAGGAAAGUGUCUGAUAACAAUAAUAGAGAACAUCAUUACGAUGUCCAAAGAGCUUUAUGUUGGGGUUCAUUUGAUCAAUAGGCAGAAGGGUCCCCAAUGGGGUGACACCUCUAAUGGCCUGGGGAUGGGAGGGAGGCAGCAUCUAGCCAGGCAGGGUCCCAGGUCCUAGACUGAAGGACUUGCCCCCAGGACUGUGGGUUGAGGGCAGGAUGCACUGUGGUAUGGUGGGGAAAUUGGAUGGGGAGUCAGGACCCCCAGGUUCAUAUGCCAACUCUGCCAACAUCUGGGGGUCCUGAAAGGGGACCCUUGAAUGCUCUGGUAUUUGAAGACCUUGGGUAAGUCUUUUCCCUUCUGGGUCUUAGCAUCCUCUGAAAGUGAAGGGGGGCAGUGGGCUCGAUGGUUUCCAGGGUCCUUUCCAUUUCUAAUCCAGUUGAUGUUAGGCAGUUGGGUCUACGCUAGAGGUUAGGUUAGGGUGUUUGGGUCAAACUUUGACUAGGAACAGACCUUUCCCUUCCUGGCAGUCCCAGCUCCUCUUCGUGACUCCCUGUUCUGAGUUCUGCUUCUGGGUGUAGACCCUUCUCUGUGUAUGAGCAGCCUGUCUGUCCCCAGCUGCUCAUCCUGGCCAAUAUGGCGGGUUUGGCCAUCUGGACUCUUGUUCUUCCGUCCACGGGACUCGGUUAUGUUUCAAUUUUGGAAAUCGAUACCUUUUCAAUUCCAGAUCCAUUAAAUUCCUUUUUGUUGCUCAGGUA